AUGGUAUCAACCAACACACUCAUGAAAAUAGCAAGUAUAGGAGGACUUGUAACCGGAUGUACAGGUUAUGCUUUUCAUUUUCGCGUGCAACAUAAUAUCAGAGAAAGCGAGACUUUUAAGAACGCGAUAAGUGCUUUACGUGCGCACAAAAAAGCUGUACCGUAUCUCGGAGAACCUUUACAACUGGGUCGCAUCAGAUACGGCAAUGAACAUCACCCAGACCAAGAACCGAGUUACACUUGGUUCAAGGUUUCGCUUACAGGUAGCAACACAAAGGGAUCGUUAUAUUACGAAGUAACGUUAGAUCGUGAAAACAAAACACCUGAGGUAUCUAAGAUUGAAGUCACAUUUGAUAACAUACCCGGAAAGACAUUUGUGCUUAGAGACAAUGUGAGUUAA